AUGGUUCAACCAGAAAAUUACAAGAGGCUGAUAUCCUUCGCCAACUACGACAUCUUCAUUUUCACGGAGCUAGCUUCGGGGGGCGACUUGAUGUCUUUCAUUAACAGACACAAUGGGGUGAAAGAAUUUGACACCAGGAUUAUAAUUAGACAAGUCAUAAGGGGACUGAAUUACCUCCACACCAAAGGCAUCAUUCAUCGGGAUCUCAAACCAGAAAACAUUCUUUUAGCCUACUCGCCAAAAAUUGCGUACCAUCGAGUUAUGUUAUCAGACUUCGCCACAAGUGCGGUGCCACGCAGAAGCCGAAUGAAGACAUUCGUCGGAACAGCCAACUAUCAAGCACCGGAGCUGUAUGACAGCCAGUCUGCCCAAACCCCAGCCAUUGACAUUUGGUCGUUGGGUAUAGUUGCUAUUAUAAUGCUGACAGCGGGCUUGGGCAUAGAGAACAUAAUUCCCAAGUUCAACCGGUAUACUCAGACGGUAUUGGACAGGACUUUGAAACAGGAUAUUUUUCAGCCAUGCCUGAAACUGUCCAAGAAUAGCAAGACAUUUGUGUGGCAAUGCCUCCAAAUUUCCCCAAAGGUCAGAAUUUCGGGUCUCGAAGCCCUAGAUCACAAAAUCUUAGGCAGCUGGAAAGCUCCAGUAAAGUUGAACCCGAUGCCGCUGCAGCUUCCUAGCGUCUUAAUGGGAGCCUUAGUUCAAGCGCGAGGCCAAGAAGAAUUGUUCAAGGCAUAUUCUGAUCUCUCCCGACACUAUCCUCUGUUACAAACAGAAUUCUCAAAGUAUUUUGGCACGGCUACUCUCAAGAAUAAGUUGAAAGAAGUUGUGCGUGAAAGGAAUCUCUCCACAAAAGCGGAGUUUGGCCAACCGAGGGAAUCACAAGCCACAGCCGCAAGCUCAGACGUUCCAAAGAGUUCAGGAACAGAAUCGACAUUAUUUUCUCGAGAAACAGCUGAUACCCAUAAGAAGAGUAUUUUCGUGACAACUCCGAAGCGAAAGAACGAUGGAGCCCUACACCGCGAUAUGAAACGGCAAACUGUGUCUGGACGAAAGACGGGUUCCUGA